AUGGAAGAAUCAGGAGAAAUUAUCAAAGCCAUUCACUAUCUCUCUAGCCACAAUAAACCGGAACUGCUCCUUCUCCAACUAUUUGAAGAAGUUUAUAUUUCCGAACCGUUCUUCCGCAGCAAGGAUCAGCAGCACAUGAUGUUCCUUCUGUACUGGCUGAACAAGUUUAUAUUUCCGAACCGUUCUUCCGCAGUUUUGCUUGAGUACAGGCACCUGGCAGAAGCCCUUCACAAUCACACUGACAUUGGUCUUGGACCUACAGUUCUGGCUCAUUUGUUCAAGAACUUGCACAUUGCUACCCUGGAGAACCCACUAAACCUGCACGAUACUAAGAGGUUAGCAGCUCAGUGGCAGGUGGUGAUCAGAAAGACCUAUCCUUGGUUUCAGCCUGGAUACCGGCUGUUCGAGAAGGAGCCAGAAGAGGAAGCAACCAGAAUUGAUUUCAGGAAAAAAUUCCUGAGUGUCACUCUGCCAAGGGAUCUGCCCCAUGGAGGUGGAAGCCUCCCAAUUAUCAUUUGGGGUUCUGCUGAGUUUGAUGCUUGGUGGAAGGCUAAAUUCCAGGGCCUGCCUGCUUCCAGCACUGGACUAAAAAUCCUUUUUGAUGGCUGGGAUUCCUGGGUAGUUCAUGCAGGAGAACAGACUCACAGAUUUAUGGUGCAGACCAUAAAAGACAUUAAUGCCCAAGCUAUAGAAGGUAGGUUCCUGAUUCUUCCUGUGCUUUAUUCAUUCUUUGACGAAAAACGUUGGUGGCCAAUCUGUCCAGGCUGGAGAGGUGAUUGUCACUUCUGUUAUCUCAGCUGGAGCCUUGGAGCUUCCCUCUGGAGAUGA